CAUCUUAUCACCUCUACAGACACAUAUGCUAGACAACGAACAGUACCGGCAGCUUGUCAUUGACACAGCCCGCCACAAAAGCUCGCACUACUAUUAUUCGGCCGAGGUACCGGCGCAGGUCAUUUCAGCCGAUGCACAAUCGCGCUCUGCCGUGAUCCAGACAACCGUCACUGACAGCGAAAUAUGCGCAUCAGGAUGUAUCGACGAGGGCUGGGUUGCCACUGUCGCCGACUACUGGACAUCCACCAUGAUCUCGGUCGCAAAUGAAGGCAAGUCCGCCGUCACUACAUCAUUGAGCGUUCAAGCCGUGAAGUCGAUAGAACCCGGCUGUGUAGUUCUUAUAAAGUGCCAGGUCACAGACACCGGGCUUUCCAUGCCCCAUGCCAUUGCCACUUUUGAGUCAGAGAACGGCGAUAUCUACGCCUUGGCUACGCAUACAAAGUUCUUCAAGUCGCUAAAGAAAUAAGCCGGCUAACUGCAGACCAGCACACCUUCGAUUGCAGCUGCCACGAGUGGGGCAGCUUGUCUGACACGAAGUGAAACCAAGCCAGGGCAAUGCCCCCGAGCUGGCCCAAAUAAUUUACUUUGAACUAUACAUAUCACAAACCGAGCCACAGCUACAGUACAAUUUAGCUAGUCAAGCUUGCAGUAGUCGUACGGGUGGUCCAGUAUAAUAAUAAAACUCUUCCACGGCGUCUUAUCCGAAAACGUUGGAACGCAGUCCAUCUCG